AUGGCAGGGCUUCGUAACGAUGAAAAUUGCUGCAAAGCUCAUGAAUUUUUUGCACCUUCGACACCUGCUACUUUUACACCAAAGUUGGUACAAAGUUUUGUAUCUGCAACUCACAAGUAUAUUACUUUUUACAGUCGUGUUUUCCUCAACUUCUUCCUGAAAACCCCCCUUUCUUGUGCAGCGGUGACCCAAACCCCAGCUGCCGUCAAGGAUCUGGCCGGCUGGGUAAACAAGAUAGUGGCCCAGCGGCCAUAUUCGGAGCGAAACUGGAAGGAAAUCUCCAAAGGUCGGUGGGAGGCGAAAAACCAUGGCUUGCCCAAGGACGCGGAGAUGAGGUCCUCAAUACUAUGCCCCCUUCCGGUUCCGGGAGAAAAUAAAAGGCCCGGGGAGUCCGGUACGGACGAGCCUCAAAGGAAGACUAAGCGGACAAAAAGGGCCGCCCGCAAACCAAAAAGCCAAAUCGUCUUGUCCUCCGAGGAAGAGGAUGACAAAGAGGAUGACGAUGAGGAGCAGCCGGAGCUCGUCCGCCACCGGUCCAUUCGACCGGACCCUGAGCCGGUGGUCCAUCCAGUUGAGGCUCCUCUCGAGGACGUGAGGGUUGAGGAUGCUAGUGAACCCUCGGCCCCCGCGCGGGCAUCCCCGGGUACCGAUCACCCGGUUACGUCCCCUCCAUCUUCCUCGACUUGGGGGCAGCUGCCGGACGACAUCCCGAUGAUGGGAGGUAGCUUCGAGACCUUUUUUGAUGGGGUUCCCAGCUCCGAGCCUGGACCCGGACUGUAA